AUGAUCGACUCUGUGAGCUGCCUCCUGCUCACGGGCGCCCAAGCAUUUUCGAGCCUCCCGUCCGACGCGCUGCCGAGGCUGCCCUUCACGUGUGAGGGCCACACAACCACCUACGAAGGCGAGACGGUAAUGUGGCGCCGCAACUCAAAGGCCCGCCUGCUCGGCAUUCUUCUCUGCUUGACCACCGUCUCUGGCGGCUUGGUCACCGCCGCUGGCGGCGCCGCGCUUGCUGCAUCCUCAACUGCGCUGCCAGACGCCAUGGGCGCAUUAAUGGCCUACGACCCCCUGGACCACGAGGAGGUCCUCAACAAGAUCCACACGAAAUCGCGCAAGCUACGAAUAUCGCCAAGCACAUCUCCAUGCCACUGCCCCAAAGGUUGCGUGCCGUGGUUCAUGGCCAUUGGUGCGAGAUACAUGCCGGCACAUGCCAUCGAAGCCAGUAUGGCUUACGUCAUAGCAGCAGUGGGCUCGCAACGCAAGGCAGCGCCUUCACUCCUGCCUCAUCUCAUCUACGAUGGCAAGCCAACAAACAUCACGGCCUGGUUGCAAGGGCAAGGGGUGGAGGUCAUAUUUCAUGGGCUGAGCUUCAUAGACAAGAUGAGGGAAGCUGGGUUGCGUCACAACCCCAGCGUUGGCGCCUACCUGCGGCUCGAUCUCACAGUCAACGACACCGGACCGCUUGGCGCGCAUCUACGUGGCGAGAAGAGCAGAUGCCAAUCCACAGUGUCCUACAAGCAGGUACUGUACACAGACACGGAUGUCUUGUUCUUGGGGGACAUUGGCCAGCAGAAUCUCAUCCGGCCUCGGAAUGGGGGGCUGUUGGCCAUGGGUCCUGAAGCCGUGAGAGGCUCCGCUCCCAGCAACUCCGGGGUGAUGGUGAUGGACGUGGAGCGGUUCUCGCAAAAGCGCGACGCACUUCUGCGCUUUGGGGUGGAGCACAAGUUUCACUUUCCUGCAGGAGACCAGGGUCUCCUCCUGGCGUUUUUCAAGGGAUCAAUCUCCAAGCUACCAGAUGAGUGGAACUGGAAGGCGUACUGGGGCUGGCAAAAGGAGAAGAAGACAAACAUACGCAUCGCCCAUUUCCAUGGCCCGAAGCCAAGGGGGGUAUAUGGGUGGUAUUGCCUGUGCAAAUACAAGGCCUACUCUCCGGGGGUCUACUCAGAAUACAAGGAUCCAUGUGAACAAGAAGCCAAGGAGACCACCGGAAACAAGAGAGAGGACGUGUUCAAAGCAUACAAAGGACUCCUUGACCAAAGCCUCUCAGCAGACGGGGGAGCACUCGCCUUUUACCUGCUCCUGGUGUGGACAAACUACUUGAAGCUGUCUGGGCAAUAUCCUUCCGACCCGAGAUUGGGCUCCGAUCAAGCAAUGUUGCGGUCCUGCCUGCUCAACAGCAAGAUGGAUCGGUGGCCACCGGGCCUAAGGGAUGAACUAGCUGCCAACUUGUCGAUAGCGGGAUUGAACACCAGCAUAGGCCGGGACUUUGCAUCUGGCCGCCAGAUCCUGUAA